AUGGCUUCUUACCAGACGAAUGACGCAGAGAGAGGCCUUGCCGAUGUCAUUCACUUACGGCCUCCCACAAGCUCUGCUUCAAAGGCGAAUCCUGGAUUCGACCUGCCCUCUCUUCGAAAACCAGUUAAACCUGGCGACUACCUUUCCAAGCCAAAGACCCAUACCCGACCAGCGAGAAAGGCCAACUUCUGGAUUACUUGUCAAUUAUGGUUCAACACAUAUCGGAAAUUCUAUACUUUUGUCGUGUCUAUGAAUGUAGUGGGACUAAUUCUCACGGCUACCAAUACGUGGAAGUAUCCUCGCGAUUUCACAGGCGCUUUCAUUCUAGGCAAUCUUCUCACCGCCAUUCUCAUGCGGAACGAACUGUUUGGGCGACUUCUAUAUAUCAUCGUUAAUACGCUGUUUGCAAAGUGGCCUCCCCUGUGGUUCCGCCUGGGAUGUACGUCAGUUCUGCAACACUUAGGCGGUAUCCAUUCAGGAUGUGCUACAUCUGGAUUUAUGUGGCUGAUAUUUCGAGUAAUACUCAUUUUCAUCGACCAUAAGGACAAUCAUGACGCAGUCUUGAUUAUGGGAGUCAUAACAAAUCUGGCGGUUGCAAUAUCUAUUCUUUCCGCUUUCCCGUGGGUUCGAAAUACUCAUCAUAAUAUCUUUGAACGGCACCACCGAUUUGUUGGAUGGAUUGGCUUGUUAUGUACCUGGGCAUUCGUUAUACUUGGUGACAGCUACGACGUUACAACACGCUCUUGGAAACCAGACGGCAUUCAUAUAAUUAGACAGCAACAGUUUUGGUUCGCCCUUGGGAUAACUGUGUUCAUUGCAAUACCUUGGCUGACCGUCAGAGAGGUUAAAGUAGACGUUGAGAUUCCCUCGCCGAAGGUGGCCAUUCUUCGGUUUGAGCGUGGAAUGCAACAAGGACUGCUCGCCAGGAUUUCGAGAGGAUCUAUUAUGGAGUACCAUGUCCUUUGGAAUUAUUUCGGAAGGAGCGAUUUCACUUACGAGUUGGUCCAUAAUCCUCCCACCACUAUUUGGACACGGCAACUGAAGUUUGCGGGGGUAUCGAACACUUCCACGCUGUAUAAACGCGGAAUACGCGUUUGUACGGGAACCGGUCUAGGCGCCGCGUUAGUCUACCUGUAUACAGGUGAGCUUGCUUGUGAUUAUUCCGGACCCAAGAUCGCUCCUGAACAACAAGUUGUCAGAGCUCAGAUUGGUGCGUACUUAAUCUGGAUCGGUUCUGAUCAGGAGAAAACGUUCGGUCCUACUAUCUCGGGCCUCAUUCAUAAACAUCUGGGUCCUGAGCGAUCGAUCCUCUGGGAUUCUAAGAAGCGUGGCGGUCGACCAGAUGUCAUGAAAUUGAUCACAGAAGCCUAUGCAUCUUGGGGCGCAGAAGUUGUUUUCAUCACAUCAAACUGGGCUGGAAAUAAGGAAAUGAUGGAAGGUUGCAAGGCUGCGGGCAUCCCUGCUUUCGGUACCCUCUGGGAUUUCUAG